AUGGGUAUAUUAUUUAUGCCAUUAUCAAUGGUUUGGUGGACAUACUAUAAUAACAAGUAUAAGCCAUCGUUUAUCUGUCAAUCGUUUCAGACAACAUCCAGUAGUGUCCGACUAUUGUCUCCAAAAACAAACAAUCGGUAUCAUUGUCUGAGAUCGGCGCUAAUGGUGGUCAACAAUAACACCGCCGCCGAUACGAUUGGCUUCGAUAUGAUUGACCUGAAAACUCAAUGCAUCCGAUCGAUAGGUUGGGUUAUAAGACACCGAAUCAAUGAUAAUAUUAUUAUCAGUCGAGGAACGGGUGUUUUUGUCGACAAUCGUCUACUAUUGACCUGUUAUCAUGUGGUCAAACAAAGUCCGUUUGUUUUCGUUCAAUAUGUUUAUAGCUAUGAUAAUCAUGGGUCAGAUGAUUCAGAUUCAGAUGUUUCAGAUUCAAAAUUAAAAUCACAACAAAUAUUAGAGUUAUGUCCUAUAGCUAGUGUAGGCGACAUCCUGUAUGCCGAACCGCACAAUGAUCUGGCAUUAGUACGGCUCAGGGAUGCGCCAUCGCCUGAAUAUAAUACGUCGACAACAAUGCCGAUUACUACCACCAGUCCAGUGAGUACCGAUUUUGGUUCACCAGUAGCUAUGCUAGGUCAUGGCGGUAACGUACGCUUUUCAAUGCAUCCGGGUAUGGUUAUUACACCCAAAGUCGACAAAUAUUUGAUACCCGUUGCCUAUUAUAUAAGUACUGUAACCAUCAAUGAUAAACUGCCGAUCUAUACGCACAGUACUAUAGCAUUGCCCGGCAAUUCGGGCGGUCCGGUCAUCGAUACUAAUGGCCAGAUAUGCGGUAUUUGUAAUGGCGGUAUUAUAAGAUGUGGACAGAUAUCCUAUGCAAUCGCCCCGCAAACAUUGAUAGAGUUUAUGACUAAUGCAUUGGCCUAUGAAAGUGAUGGUAUAAAGCAAACCCGUCUCAGGAAACGAUAUGAAUGGGACAGUCGUAUCGUUACACAAAUAUUGGGUAUAAUUAUAGAUACAAAACCAUUGUCGGAUAGUUUUACAGUCACAGCGGCACUACCGACGGCCACAACGGAUGCAAAUGGUAUUAUCGGUAGACGUAUUUGUUUACUUAACGGACAGGUAUGCGAUAGUAUCGAUAAUAUCCGAUUGGCUAUCGAUAAUAGACUGCAAGUCAGAGUGACCACUAGAUUGUCGACCAGUGAUGAUGACGACGACAGUACCGAAACGGAUAGUAAGGACAUCAUUAAACUCAUUGACAUCAAUACGAUAACAACCAUCGAUAACGAGAGUACUAGUAUUAUGCCAUUAGUUAUUUGA